AUUGAUUGAAAAGACAAACUAUUGACAUGAUACAUGUGUGUUCAGAUCUUCAAGCAAUGUAUUCGUAAUAGUUUGGCAAUUUGUAGAUUAUUUUGGAACUAUUUUUUAAGAAACAAUGAAAAUGAACUAAGUAGAGUUAGGAUUGGUGGCGCACUGUCAAGAACGACAGACAGAUUUAGAGAAGAACAUCUUUUUGGUGGUGGUGUGGGUAGCUGCAAAGAUAAUAAGUGACAGUGUGUUGAUAAGGAGUGCUUCUGAACAUGCUUAUUUUGGAAGUUUUGAUUUUAUUCGGUUUUUCCUCAUUCUAAGUAUUAAUAGAACAUGUAGCAUUGCUGUCAAAUCAUAUUUCAGAACAUUGCCACCUUAUCAGAUAAUUGGAUUAUUAACCAAAAGGCCGAUGCCAACGUUGUAGUGAUGGCUUAGCCAGCAGAAAGUGGGGUUGGUGAACAUCACCAUGGCAAUAAAGAACUCGGAAUGGAAGGACAUGCAAUUUACGGUUGUUGUCCGCAUCCGUCCGUUGAUGCCAUCAGAAAUAGAGGGUGGUGCAUCCAUAAUUGCGCAUACCAUUGAAUCAAAUAUGGUUGUGCUGAUGGAUCCAGUUGAUGACCCUGACGACGUGCUCCGUGUCAAUCGCUCUCGGGAAAAACAGUAUGCUUUCGACGAAGCUUUUGAUGUGAAAUCUACACAGGAGGAUGUCUACCAAAAGACAGCUAAGCCACUUAUUGAUGAUGUCACAGAAGGGUUGAAUGCGACAGUCUUUGCUUACGGGGCCACAGGUGCCGGGAAAACAUACACGAUGCUUGGAAUGGAUGAUGAGCCGGGUAUAAUGGUGCGAACGUUAAAUGACUUGUUUAAAGCGAUUGAGACAAAAAGCGAAGACUCGGUUUACAUGGUGACUAUGUCAUAUUUAGAGAUAUACAAUGAAAUGAUCCGUGAUUUAUUAAAGCCAACCGGAGAAGUCCUGGAAUUACGGGAAGAUGCCUCAGGGAACGUACAAGUGGCUGGAAUUUCAGAGAUUUCUACACGGUCUACACGAGAGAUCAUGAAUUUGCUGGUACAAGGAAAUAAAGAACGCACCCAGGAACCAACGGCAGCCAACAAGACCUCAUCACGCUCACAUGCUGUGCUACAAGUGACCGUGAAACAACGUAGUCGUAUACGUAGCACAUCGCAGAGUAUUAAAGUCGGCAAACUUUUUAUGAUUGAUCUGGCAGGGUCUGAGAGGGCGUCUCAUACCAAGAAUCGUGGAAAGAGAAUGAUAGAGGGAGCUCAUAUAAACCGUUCAUUACUGGCCCUUGGCAACUGUAUCAAUGCACUUUGUGAAGGGGGGAAGUAUGUGAAUUACAGAGACAGUAAAAUAACAAGACUGCUAAAGGAUUCUCUGGGUGGUAAUUGCCGUACAGUAAUGAUUGCUCACUUGAGCCCGGCAAGCUUAUACUAUGAAGAAUCCAGAAAUACCUUACUCUAUGCAGACAGAGCUAAAAAUAUCAAAACGAAGGUGCGACCAAAUCUAAUGAAUGUGUCAUACCACAUUGCACAGUACACCAGUAUAAUUACUGAUCUCCGUAAAGAAAUACUAAGGCUGAAAUCAAAGAUCACGGACCAGGAGUCUGAGAUACAGAAGACUAGGUCCACAUCAAAAAUACAAGAGAUACACUCUGAAGUAGAAAGAACUUCAAUUAUGCAAGAUCGGAGUGAGAUGGAGAGGUUGCGUGACCUGCUCACGGAGAACUUUCGGGAAAGGAUGCUGAAUCGUCAGAACCUGAUUGAGUUAGAAUCUUAUAGAUUCGCCCGUGCGAUGGACAGUAAUAAAUAUAUCAGCAUUGUGUCUGAGUAUGAACAAGAACGGACAAGGAAAGCUGCUCGCAACAAACAAGAUCGUAAAAGUUUUGAUAAAGAGAGUGAUACUGAAAGUCUAGUCUCAGAGCCUAUGGAACCGAUAGAGGUGGCAACAGCCCGAGAGGAAGUAGCAAAACUGAUGGCUCAGCAAAACAGAUGGAAGAACCGCAGCCAUGAGCUGAGGAAGAAAAUAACCCAGUCACAAGAAGUCUCGAUACGUCUUGAAGCUGAAAUGCCAAAGCGUGUAAGUAACCAGGAACAGCGCGAAAUUCUGCGAAUGUUGUGCAAAGUUCACGAGUUAGAGAUCGAAAACAUGGAACUCAAAUCAUUUGCUCUUUUACACCAGAAUGUUAUACAGCAGAAGAAUGUGACGAUCUCUCAAUUCCGAAUGAACAAAGAUCUCAGCGAGGCUAUCAUACGUCAACAAAGAAUGCUCCUCGAAGAUCACGGAAUCCAAAUCCCGAACGAACUUGAGGAGAUGUAUGAAAAGUACAGUCAGCUGACCAUAGAAGACCUGACGGCCAUGAACGAUGACAACUCAAUUGAGAACCAAUUAGAACGUGCCGCAUCCUUGUUAAAUAUCCGGGCACCGCUGCCCACUGCAUUGGACGUGAAAGAGAAAAUAGAUUUGCCUGAGAAGGUAGCUCCAGUAGCAAACACAAGCCAGCCACGUAUUUUUAACAUCAGCCCGAAAUCAAAGCAAAUUCGUGAGCGUGCUGGGAUAGUCACAGUACCGAAGGUUCAGGUAGAGUCACCGUUUAAGAUUGCAACACCUUUAGCAAGAAGUAUGGUGGACUUGAAUGACAGUUUUAGCAACGAUUACAAGAUAGUAUCUGACCAAUCAAGGUUUAGCCGGUCAAUGCAGAACCUAGAUAAAAUUGAAUCGGACACUGAAGAGAGUGAAAAGAAAGAAAUGGUGAAAAAAACACAGAGAAUUGCUCUUGUAGCUGCGAAAAGAAAAUCAAAUCAGCUUUAUAGUAAAUAUGACAAAAGGAACUUGCAUAACGACCGUGGGGUUGGGUCGUUGAACUCUGUUCAUGAACUCACCGAACCAGAAAUAAAACCAGAGUUUAUAACUUCUUUUCCACGUCCUUCCAAAGUUAACAGAUUUCAUCAGAAUGUUACUCCGUACAAGAUGCUGUCGCCUUCGGGUACGAUGAUCAGUGACAGGUCCGAUGCUGUGUCGAUGAUAGCACAUGAUAGGGCAGGUCAAGCAUCACGGAUACGCUAUCAUAAAGACAGAUUAAGAAAACCGAUUGAGGGCAAAAAGAGAGUCAGGAAAAUUUCGGAUAGUGUACAGGUAAAUCAAUCUAAGAAUAUUGUGACGCGCACUAGGCCGUCAAAUUCUGAACAACACAUUCAACCAAAGAGAACAAUACAGAAACCCUACAUCUGGAACCAAGAUGGCCGAGCACGAGGUUCAAAGGUCACCAAACACUCAAUCAAGCAUCAUACAGGUGAUCAAGAUAUCAAUCGUUUAGAAAGCAUUGAAACACCGCCCUCUGUAGUUCAUCAACUUGGCAGUGAAAGAGGAAAAGGGCAAACCAUUCAAAGAUCAUAUCGAGUGCCUACUGAUAAACAGGAUGUAACAAACGGCCAUCACCAUAAACGUCUGACCAAACGCAAUACUUACUCGCUAUCAUCAAAGAACCAGCCUAACUCCCUCACUGUGUCGGGGUUUACGAUGCCAAGGCAGGAGCGGGUAGGAGGGCGAAAAUACUGAGACAGCAGCGUGUUUGUGGAGGGAAAGUAAUAAAAUACAGCCUCAACCAUUUCAACCAAAGGCAGGAAUGUUUUGGGGUAAAAUACAUGUGGCAUGCCUAAUAUGGUUAACGAUGACAUCAAAUCAUGACCAUAUAUGGGCACAUAUGUGUAUAGUGUAGACAAAGCUCAACAAAGUUGACUAAUGCAGAUGUUUUUUUCAAGAGAGAAAAAUACUACACAACGCCAUACAGUACUGAGAAACCAACAUAAUUCGGUUAAUCGAUUGUUUCUAAUAUUUAUGCCUGAAAAUGCUGUUCUUUUUUAUAUUUGAAGAUUUUCAAUCAACAUAGUUUAAAUCAUAUUUUUUUUUUCUGUACAUAAGUUGUUUAUUUACUCAAAGUAUGUUUUUUUUUUGUAAGAUAGCUGAGAAAUACAUUUUUUAUAAUAUAUAUAUAUAAUUGUUUAAUUAAAUGUAUGCAUAUUUUGUUAUGAAAUAUGACAUAUUGAUUAAAACAAACAAUGCCAAAUUUUCUAGUAACAUAACUUUUUGUAGUGGAUUUUUAGAUUAAAUAACAAAUUAUGUGUAGGUUUUUAAUGGAUAUUUUAUGCAAUGGAACACAGGAGUCCGUCCAAUCAGGCUUGGCUAUAUUCUUGUUUUUGUAAUGAACUUAAAAACUUUUUGAGUGGCAUAUCUAGUAUUAUUUGUAUUCUGAAAAUAUGAAUAUUAUGCUUAGUAAAGCCCACAAAGGCACAUGUCAAACCAAUGGUAAACACUAUAAUAGGCUAACAUCUGUUUUAAAUGUACAAUAUUUUCUAUUGUCAAAAUGUGUUUAUCGAAUCCUGAGCUGAUAUCCUUUGUUAGCCAAGGGCAGGUGAAGGGCUGGCAAUAGAAAAGAAAAGGGUGCCAGCUCAAAUGAAGUGAUUUUUGAACUUUUUUUGUAAUUAUUUAAGUUUUAAUUUAUGGGCAUUUGGAGUGCAAAUUUUGUGCAUACCCCCUUCUCCAAGAUAUGCUACUGUUGAUGCAUUUUUUGUGCUUUUGCAAAUUUUGGUAAUUAUGUUGGGCUUGUUUGGAUUUGGAUGCCCAAAGGUUGGAUUUUUUUCUCCUAAGUUUUACACCCUGGACUUAGACCCCACCCAGGUGUAGCAUUUCAGACUUUUCUGAUAGUUAAGACCCUCAGGGUUUGGACUACUGUAAAUGCUCGAACAAGAGCCGCUCUUGAAUAAGCGCCGCACCAAACCUGAUUUUUUUCGCUAAGCGCCGCUGCGCUUAUUCGUGAGUAUAUUGCCCUGUGUGUAAGGAAACACUUUGUGAAACAGGGUUUUAAAUACAAGCAAAUCUUUAUAAACGUUUAUUUAUUAGGACGUAGGACCUAUGAUCGGCCUACUGAAUUACGUAAAUAUGUGAGAUAGUUAACAUGGGAACGGGCAUGGAAAGCACCACGCCAGUAAACGCCGCUCUUGAACAAGCGCCGCACCAAAGCCUCCAAAAAUUGUAUAAGCACUGCGGCGCUUAAUCAAGCAUUUACAGUAUUCCUCUGGAUUUAAUUCCUGAGUGUCGGACAAUUUCCUAUCAUGCAAAUUGCAACAGAAAGUAUUGUUAUUAUUUAAACUUGGUAUUUCAUGCACUGUUAGUAUAAAUAUUAUUACCUUAUACCUCCAUGGUUAUAUUGUGUACUGUAUGUAAAAACUUACAGAUCCUGCCUAUACUAUUAUUACUUAACUUUUUUGCCAACAAAUAGCAUUCUGUUAUUUUUAGUGUGUGUUGUACAAAAUAUCAUAAUAGUUGUCUUAUAAAUAUCUUUAUACAUUGCUGAUUGUUUUCAUAAUGUUUAUCUAUAUUUAAUCAGUGGACAUUCCCAAUAUAAAAUCAUUCCGAGGUUUAAUCCGUCCUGCCUCUACUGUAUAUAAAUCAAAUUUUCAAUGCCAAAGUUGUCGCUUAAAAACAAAAACAUACUUGCAUAUAAAUUUACUUACUUAAUAUUCUUGCAAGUCCCCUAUUAUUUUUUGGUUCUCAUUCUGGACAGCACCACCAAUGAGUAAGUUAAUUUAGAGACAGAAUAAUAAUAAUUAAAAAAAAAAAAAGAAAUCAAGUAUGGGAACGACAGUUAAAUAUGGUAUGGUGCGCACAAAGUGCAAUAAAAAGUGAGUACCGGUAACCCAAAUUUAGAGCCUAGGACCCAGGCUAUCAUGAGGGUAACCCUUAAAGUAAAGUCUGACUCGGGGACCAUCACAACAUUCAUAGGAAGCAAAAUAAAAUUCAUUAAUCGAAUAGAAACUGUUCACAGAAUCAUAUUGCCUGGAUUAUUCCGAGCUAUUUCCCAAAACACUGUGUACCACCAUUUCGAUGAUGCUUAAAGAUUGGCGUAUUGAAUGAUGCUGUUCAGUAUUUACAAACCUGCGUAAUGUGUAAAGCCCAGCUGUCCUGACUAUCAAAUUUUAUUUGACAAAAACAUGUGGCAUGCUUAAAUACGGUAAUGAUGACAUCGCAUCAUGACCAUAUAUAGGCACAUCAUGACCAUAUAUAGGCACAUCAUGACCAUAUAUAGGCACAUCAUGACCAUAUAUGGGCACAUCGUGACCAUAUAUAGGCACAUCAUGACUAUUAGAAUAUGAGAACACAAUAGUUUUUCGUCAAUGAAAAUUUGAUAAUUUGGACAGAGCUUAACAGUCUCUCAGUGAACAGUGGCAUAAGAAAGAGGUACAAGGCCCCGGGCUAAAGGCUUCCUGGUGCCCUACUAUCCUGCUGGAAAAGCCAGUCUGCUUGCUGUAUUUGAUAUUUUAAGUAUUUUAUUUACAUGUUAGCACCACCUGAAAAAAAAAAGUCCUACUUGGCCAAUUUAUUGGGCAAAUAUGCUUAUAAAUAUUGCAGGGCCUUUAAUGCCUGGUGCCCCAGUCAGAGCUCAUGAUUGUUAGGCCGGACACUCACUGCAUUCAGCGGUUGUUGGCCGAUGUGAUACUAAGAAGAGCGCAAGGCUGCGAUACACGCAAUGGAUCGUUUUUAAUGACAAUCCAUUCGGAGUGCCGCCGACAAUCAGCAGAUGGCUUCGUCUUGUCCAGCGCUCCCAGGCAGCGGAUUUGGUUUCGUCGGCUGACGUUCGUUCAAUGCAUGAUGCCGGCUUGCGCCACUACAAGUGACACCCCUAUUAAUUGAUUACGUUGUUAUAAUGAUGUAAUAUGUUACGUCUUAAGUGCAAUAUAUAAAGUGUUGUGCCUUUUUAAGUGAUGUAGCCUUACUAACUUAAGUUAUUUAUGAUGGAGAUUGGCUCAGUUUUCAUCAGGGUAUCCAUAGGUUUUAUUGAACUGUAAAAUUGCCAACAUGAAACUAUCCAUCUUUAGAUAAUAAUUUGUCGUAGGUUUAAGACUUUUGUUCCGAGUUUUUUUCCCUUCAUAAGACAGGGUUUUGUCAGGCUAAACAUACUAAAUGCUUAUAAAAUUAGUUUUGUUGAACAGCUAUUCAUAGGCAUAUUACGAAAGAUGUCUUGCAAAGAAUUCAUACUUUUUGAUUAAAUAAUUAUUUAUUUGGAAAUGGAAUUUACAAUGCACACUGGAAACAUGCAACUAAUAGGCUACUGGGCUGAACCAUUCCAUUUUUAUAUGAAAUUAAUCGUAAAAUAAAAAAAGACAAGGUCUUCAUGUUCUUUAGGCCAAAGAAUGAACAUGUCAUAAUUUAAAGUCUUUGAAUUUUUCUGUCGAGUAAUUAGAAAUUAAUAAAUAAGUGUACACAGUAGUGUAUCUAGGAGUCUUGAAAUCAGGGGUGGUGCCAGCGGAGUGGGGGCCCUAGGGGCCCCCAAUCAGGUGAAAAAAAGUUUAUAUGUAUUUUCUAAAUUGGCAAAAUUUUGGGGGAUUUGUCUUUUGGUGCACUUUCUAAACAUUUUAAUGGACGCUCGACCAUGCCCACUUUGCUCUUGUCGGGGAAAGCUCUCGUUGGUGAAAGCUCUCGUCGGGGACAUCGCUCUCCCCCGGGACCUCAGACCCUCAGUUGGUCAAAUCCUGGUGCCACACCUGUUUGAAGUGGGCUGGGGAGGGCUCUUUAGGGUUGCAAAGGUAAAGUGGUGUGAGGGGGGGGGGGCACUAGCUCUUAAAAUAAGGUAAUAUGGGGUGAUUUUUAUCUACUUGAGCAUAAUUGUUUGCUUCAAACUUUUUCAAUAGGUAGGGGGGGGGGUGUGGGAGACUUUUUUUUAAGGGACAAUGUUUUUUAAGCUAUUUUCUAAAUACAUUGUGUUCUACCAAAUAUAUGCCGAUCUAUGAGUGUACAUUAGUAGUAGCAGCAGCAGUUUUAGAAAAUGCAAGCCAACGUUUGUAAAGCUUUAAUGUUUGUAAAGCUUUAACAUUUGAACGUAAAUCCAAAUUGAAUAUUACAAUUUUAAACUCAUCUGAUUUAGAGAAGGUAAAAAUAUAUAGAAGCAAAAUAGUAAGCAUUCUCAGCAUUGUGAUGCUGAGAUUAAUAGGUUGUAACUGAGCUAGAACAAACUGUAGUAUUGUUUUUGUCUGAAUUUUAAAUAAACUUAGGAUAUCCUAUCAAUGUUUUUGUAACAUCUUAAAAUUGGUCACUUUUUACAUCCUUUUUGUUCCUUGGCGCAGGAACCAAGUACUAAUAUACAGUAUACUUUUAAUUCUGAUGUGUACCAGUUUUUCUGUCAUUUGCCAAAGUUAUUUGGAAAGAAAAUGGAAGAAGAUUAAGAAUAUUUGAUGCAUCACAAAUAUAAUAUUGUGAGGAGAUUAUAAUAUAUAUUUAUGGAAUAACUUCAUGUGACUAAAAAGUUAAGGUGAUUUAUGUAUACUUAGUAAAUUUGCAAUUUAUCAAUUUAUAAAUUUGCUGUUAAGAGGCGUUAUAAAUAGAGUGUAAUUGUAAUUAUUUUUGUCCUGUUGUUACUAUUAAGUUUAUUAUUUGUUUUAUUACAGUAUUAUUAUUAUUAUUAUUAUUAUUAUUAUUAUUAUUAUUAUUAUUUAUAUAUUGUUAAAAUACAUAUGAUUAAUCUCAACAUCUGUCGUGUCAAAAUCUAAAUUUCCAAAUAUGGAUUUCCAAACAUUUAUUUUUUACUGAUGUUGAAGCUCAGAUUUGUAUAAACAAUGUUUUUUGUAAGCUAUUUUCUAAUACAUUUUUUCAUUAAGCUGUGAGACUGCAGGGAUAUUGGGACUUCAGAAUUACAAGACUGCUUAUAUUUUCUUUAUUAAGGGUCGGUUGCUACACCUUAAUGGAGUUAUUGGUAAUUCAAAUGAAUGUAGUAAAAUUUGGAGGCACGUUUGUGAAUAAACAUAGGUAAAUCAUG